CCGCUAAACCCCGCCGUACCCAUCCGAGGCAUCCGGAUGAAAUUCGCCGUUCUGGCCGGUUUAAUGGAAGUUGGAGAAGUUUCCAACCGAGAUGUGGUGGAGACCGUGUUCAACCUGCUGGUCGGCGGCCAGUUUGACCUGGAGAUGAACUUCAUCAUCCAAGAACCCGAAAGCAUCGUGUGUAUGGUGGAGCUUUUGGACAAGUGCGAGCCCACCUGCCAAGCAGAAGUGUGGAGCAUCUUCACCGCCAUCCUUAAGAAGAGCGUGCGCAAUCUGCAGGCGUGCACCGACGUAGGCCUCAUUCAAUUGGUGCUUGAGCGCAUAUCCGACAUCGACAGCAUGAUCGCAGACUUGCUGGUGGACAUGCUGGGUGUGCUGGCUAGCUACAGCAUCACGGUCAAAGAGUUAAAGCUGUUCUUCAGCAAGCUGCAAGGGGAGAAAGGCCAAUGGCCUCGACAUGCCGUGAAGCUGCUGUCGGUGCUGAAGUACAUGGCUCACAGGACCGGACCUGACUCUUUCUUCAGCUUUCCGGGCAAAAAUGCAGCUGCGAUAGCGCUCCCGCCCAUCGCAAAAUGGCCGUACCAGAAUGGCUUCACCUUCCAUACGUGGCUUCGAAUGGACCCUCUCAACAACAUUAACGUGGAUAAAGACAAGCCUUACCUUUACUGUUUUCGCACCAGCAAAGGCCACGGCUACUCUGCGCACUUUGUGGCCGGUUGCUUGAUCGUGACCUCGCUGAAAACCAAAGGGAAAGGAUUCCAGCACUGUGUCAAGUAUGACUUUAAACCUCAGAAGUGGUACAUGGUGACGCUGGUGCAUGUCUACAACCGCUGGAAAAACAGCGAAAUUAGCUGCUAUGUCAACGGCGAGCUAGCGUCCUUCGGGGAGAUGGCCUGGUUUGUCAACACCAGCGACACGUUCGACAAGUGCUUCCUCGGCUCCUCAGAGACUGCAGACAUCAACCGGGUCUUCUGCGGCCAGAUGGGCGCCGUUUACUUAUUCGGAGAAACUCUCAAUGCUGCGCAGAUUCUGGCCAUCUACCAGUUGGGGCCGGGUUAUCAGGGUACCUUCAAAUACAAGGCCGAAAGCGACCUGCUGUUCGCCGAGCACCACAAGACGCUGCUGUACGACGGCAAGUUGUCGGCCGCCAUCGCCUUCGCGUACAACCCCCGCGCCACCGACGCCCAACUCUGCCUGGAGUCGUCCCCCAAGGACAACGCCUCCAUUUUCGUGCAUUCUCCGCACGCCCUCAUGCUACAGGACGUGAAAGCCGUGGUGACUCACUCGGUUCAGAGCGGCAUUCACUCCAUUGGUGGCGUGCAGGUCCUCUUCCCUCUCUUUGCGCAGCUGGACUUUUGCCAACCCUCCAGCCACGAGCUGGACACCUCUGUCUGCUGCACUCUGCUGUCCUUUGUGAUGGAGCUGCUGAAGAACUCCGUGGCCAUGCAAGAGCAAGUCCUGGCUUGCAAAGGUUUCCUGGUCAUCGGGUAUACUUUGGAGAAGUCUUCCAAGGUGCACGUGACGCGGCCCGUCCUGGAUAUCGUGCUGGCCUUCUCCAGGUAUCUGAGCAACUUGCAGAACGGUAUCCUGCUGCUCAAGCAGCUGUGCGACCAUAUUCUGUUCAACCCAGCCAUUUGGAUCCACGCCCAAGCCAAGGUGCAGAUGAAUCUGUACACGUACUUGGCCACAGAGUUCAUCAGCACCGUCACCAUCUACAACGCCAUCCGCCGCGUGGGCACCGUCCUGCAGGUCAUGCACACGCUCAAAUACUACUACUGGGUGGUCAAUCCUCAGGACCGUAGCGGCGUCAUACCCAAAGGCCUCGACGGUCCCAGGCCCAAGGAAAUUCUGUCUUUGCGAGCCUUUCUGCUUUUGUUUGUCAAGCAGCUCAUCAUGAAGGAUCAUGGUGUAAAGGAAGACGAGCUCCAAAGCAUUCUCAGCUAUCUCCUCACUAUGCACGAGGAUGACAACCUGAUGGACGUGCUUCAGUUGCUGGUGGCACUGAUGUCGGAACACCCCGGUUCCAUGGUACAGGCCUUUGACCAGCGCAACGGCAUUCGUGUGAUUUACAAGCUGCUGGCAUCCAAAUGUGAAGGAAUCCGGGUGCAGACGCUCAAAGUGUUGGGAUACUUCCUCAAACAUUUGACACCUAAGAGGAAGUCUGAGGUCAUGCUGAGUCACGGUCUCUUCUCCCUUCUCACGGAGCGCCUGAUGCUCCACUCGGCCCAGUUCUCCAUGACCUCAUACAACGUGCUCUUUGAGAUCCUCACCGAGCAGAUUUGCACGCAAGUAAUCCAUAAACAGCAUCCGGACCCCGAUUCCAACGUGAAGAUCGUCAACCCACAGAUCCUCAAGGCCAUCGCCACCUUGCUGAAAAACUCUCCGCUGUCCGCCGAGACCAUGGAGGUGCGCAAGGUAUUCUUAUCGGACAUGAUCAAGCUGUUCAACAACAGCCGGGAGAACCGCAGGAGCCUGCUGCAGUGCUCGGUGUGGCAGGAGUGGAUGCUCUCGCUGAGCUUCAUCAACCCGCGCAACAGCGAGGAGCAGAAAGUCACAGAGAUGGUGUACGCCGUCUUCCGCAUCCUGCUCUACCACGCCGUCAAGUACGAGUGGGGCGGGUGGCGCGUAUGGGUCGACACGCUGUCCAUCACCCACGCCAAGGUCACCUUCGAACAGCACAAGGAGCACCUCUCCCGCAUGUUCCGCCAGUACCAGCGUCAGGAAUCUGGCGGUUCUCUCGGUCCCAUCCGAACAGUGUCCGGCGUCAGCCAGAGCUCAGAAAGUGCUGACUGUACCAACGGUCCUCCCUCUACAGUCAUUGAACUCACUGUGGAUGAACCCUCCACUGAUGCAUCCAAGACUAUGGAAGCCCCUGUUACUUUGUCCAAAGUGGAGGAGAAUGACCAGAGACUAUCAAGUGAAGAAGAUAAUGGGAUUUCAAGCAAUAACGUAGGAGAACAGAGUGGAAAAGCAAGUCAACAGGAACCUGAAAUCGAGAUGAAGAAGACGGAUCGUUUACUAGAGAAUCCCGCAACGGUCGAGAGUCAAGAUCCCGCAACGGCCGAGCGUGAAGUUUCUGAAGAUAAAGACUCUACAAAUGAAGGUGCAACCAAAGAGGAGCCCCAGAACGACCAAGUGGUUAUGCAGUCUGUGGCCUCUCUAGACGACAGCUUGCAAGGUGGCGCCUCAGUCUUCAAUGAAGACUUAGUAGACGUGUCCUCUGUCAGCGACCCUGUCGACGACAGCCAGGAGUCAUCGUACGCCUCUGCGGCAACUGAAGACGAAGACAAAAUCGGAGGUGUAAAGAAGGAAGUUGCUCAGGAGAAAACCCAUGAAGAAACCAGAGAUAAAACAAUGUCUCAAACUGUGGAUACCCCAACACCUAAAACCCCUGAACAGAAUGUGACCGACCCACCGAAAGAUGAACCUGUACCUUCGGACCAGCCGACCACUCUGCCCUCUACAGGCCAGGAGGAUCAAGAAGGGUCAAAGGCCAUCUCAACAACCACCGAGGUGGAAUCUCCUUCAGGCGACCCGCUCAAAAGCACCUCUAGCCAGAAGACAAAGGAAAUCAAAAUCGCUCGACUGGAUGUGUCCAAUGUAGCCUUAGACACGGAGAGGCUGGAACUGAAGGAGGCACAGGCAACCGAGACGAAUCAAGCGGCGACGGCAGUAGCUGGCGGGUCCUCCUCGACCAAGUCCCGAGAAAGCGGAACUUCGGUGCCGCGUUCCACCAUGUUCCGUAUCCCAGAGUUCCGCUGGUCCCACAUGCACCAGCGCCUCCUCACUGACCUGCUUUUUGCCAUCGAGACGGACGUGCAAGCAUGGAGGAGCCACUCCACCAAGACUGUCUUGGACUUUGUGAACAGCAGCGACAACGUGGUGUUUGUGCACAAUAGCGUGCACCUCAUCUCGCAGGUGGUGGACAACCUAAUCAUGGCGUGCGGCGGCAUCUUACCUCUGCUCUCCGCCGCUACGUCGUCCUCUCACGAGCUGGAGAACAUCGAGCCUUCUCAGGGCCUGACGCUGGACGCCUCGGUGGCCUUCCUGCAGCGCCUGGUCAGCCUGGCGGACAUCUUGGUCUUCGCCAGCUCGCUCAACUUCACCGAAAUCGAGGCCGAGAAGAACAUGUCGUCGGGGGGCAUCCUGCGGCAGUGCCUCCGCCUAGUGUGUGCCGUGGCGGUGAGAAACUGCCUGGAGUGUCAGCAGUUUCACUUGAAGCUCAGCAAAGAAGUCAACGCGGCCGUUCCUGGCAAAUCUGUUUCGGCGCAGAGUCCUGUGGACGCGGUGACGGGCGGGUUGUCUCCUGUACGUGACUUUGAAAGGCUGCUGCAGGACAUGGACAUCAAUCGCCUGAGGGCUGUUGUCUUCCGGGAUAUUGAGGACAGUAAGCAGGCUCAGUUCCUGGCUCUGGCCGUGGUCUACUUCAUCUCUGUCCUCAUGGUGUCCAAGUACCGAGACAUCCUGGAACCGCACAACGACAACAAGCACCCUCGGCGAUCGCAGUCGUCCAAGAGCGCGGACAGCGGCGCCCUGUCCGCCGGGCCCGAGGUGGAAAAUGGCGUCUCUUUCCGCCGUUUUGAUUCCGGCAUCGGUGACGAGCAAGGCUCGGCGGCGGCGGCCGGGGAGGCUGAGUCGUCCCCCUCCGGCGGCGCGGCGGCACACGGCCCCGACGCCGUCUCAGAAGCCCUGUCCACCCUCUCAUCUGAGGUCAGGCCCGCCGACGGCAAGGGCAAGAACGUCAAGGACAUCCUGCGCAGCCUGGUCAGCGCGCCGGCCGACGACCUGACGGUGGAUCCAGGCCUGCUGCCGCCCGCUUUUCUUGGAGGGGCAGUGGGCGUGGGGGACAUUCCCAGGGAUUCCCCGCUGAUCCGAUCUUUCGAUAGGAGCGUCGUCCUGGCACCCAAAAAAGCUGGGGUGACAUCUCAGGCACCCGCCCCAGCACCCGCUCCCCCCGCCAUGCCCAUAGUGUCAGCUGUCGAUGGCGUGGCCGUGGUUUCCUCUGGAGAUACGUCGCAGACAGCUACUUCUACAGAAGCAGGCGGCCCGGUUCCAGCUAGCGCGAGCUUGCCAUCUGUCCCCCAGCUCUCCCCUGUGACCCAGCACACGGCCCCCAAUAUGAGUAUUUCCGAGCGUCUGGAACACGCCUUGGAGAAGGCGGCCCCUCUCCUGAGAGAGAUAUUUGUGGAUUUUGCCCCCUUCCUCUCGAGGACCUUGUUGGGAAGUCACGGACAGGAGCUGCUCAUCGAAGGCACCAGCCUGGUUUGCAUGAAGUCCAGCAGUUCCGUGGUGGAGCUGGUGAUGCUCCUGUGUUCCCAGGAAUGGCAAAACUCAAUUCAGAAGAACGCUGGGCUGGCCUUUAUCGAGCUAGUCAACGAAGGCAGGCUCCUGAGUCACACCAUGAAGGACCACCUGGUCCGCGUGGCUAACGAAGCCGAGUUCAUCCUUAGCCGGCAGAGGGCGGAAGACAUACACAAGCAUGCGGAAUUCGAGUCCACGUGCGCUCAGUACUCGGCCGAGAAGCGCGACGAAGAGAAAAUGUGCGAUCACCUGAUCCGUGCCGCCAAGUAUCGAGACCACGUGACGGCCACGCAGCUCAUUCAGAAGAUAGUCAACAUUCUCACCGACAAACAUGGAGCAUGGGGAGCCUCCACUGUCAGCCGGCCCCGGGAGUUCUGGCGCCUGGACUACUGGGAGGACGACCUAAGACGGCGUCGCCGCUUCGUCAGGAACCCUUUCGGUUCCACUCACUCGGAAGCCACGCUCAAGGCCGCCGCCGAGCACGUGGCUGGUGUCAGUGUGUCUGAAGAUGACGUGCUGAAAGGCAAGCGGUCCAUCAAGAGUCAGGCUGUGGCCAACCAGAACUCUGAGAGCGACGCCUCUCUGGACGCCGACGACGACACGCUGUCGUCGCUGGACGAGAAGGACCUCGAGAACUUUACUGGCCCGGUGAACGUGAGCACGGCGGCCCAGCUGGUUGCUCCGGCGGCGGUGGUGCGAGGCACUCUUUCCAUCACCGCCUCCGAGCUCUACUUCGAGGUGGACGAGGAAGAGCCGAGCUUCAAAGCCAUUGAUCCCAAGAUUUUAGCAUACACGGAAGGUCUUCACGGGAAAUGGCUGUUUACGGAAAUCCGCGCCAUCUUCUCCAGAAGGUACCUCCUGCAAAACACCGCCCUGGAGAUCUUCAUGGCUAACAGAACGGCCAUUAUGUUCAACUUCCCCGAUGCCGCUACCGUCAAGAAGGUGGUCCACAGUCUUCCACGCGUUGGUCUCGGCACCAACUUUGGCCUUCCGCAAACCAGGCGAAUCUCGCUGGCCACACCAAAGCAGCUUUUCAAGGCGUCCAACAUGACUCAACGUUGGCAACGUCGUGAAAUCUCUAAUUUUGAGUACCUCAUUUUCCUCAACACCAUUUCAGGCCGGACUUACAACGACCUGAACCAGUACCCAGUCUUUCCCUGGAUCAUCACCAACUACGAAGUCGACCAAUUAGAUCUGACGCUGCCUAGCAACUUUCGAGACUUGUCUAAGCCGAUCGGCGCGCUGAACCCCAAGCGUGCCGCCUUCUUCUCUGAGCGCUUCGAGUCUUGGGAUGACGAGCAGGUGCCAAAGUUCCACUACGGCACGCACUACUCCACCUCCAGCUUCACCCUCAUGUGGCUUCUACGCAUGGAACCCUUCACCACAUUCUUCCUAAACUUCCAAGGAGGCAAAUUUGACCACGCCGACCGCACCUUCUCUUCGGUUUCCCGCGCCUGGAGGAACUGCCAGAGAGACACGUCCGAUGUCAAGGAACUGAUUCCGGAGUUCUACUACCUCCCCGAGAUGUUUGUCAACGCCAACUCGUACAACCUGGGGGUGAUGGAGGACGGCGUUGCGGUGUCGGAUGUAGAGCUGCCCCCUUGGGCCAAGACCCCCGAGGAGUUUGUGCGAAUCAACCGGCAGGCUCUGGAAAGCGAGUUUGUGUCGUGCCAGCUCCACCAGUGGAUCGACCUGAUCUUCGGCUACAAGCAGCAAGGCCCUGAGGCCACCAGAGCUCUUAACGUCUUCUACUAUCUCACCUAUGAAGGCGCCGUCAACCUCAGCUCCAUCGGCGACCCCGUGCUCAGAGAGGCUGUGGAGUCUCAAAUCCAAAGUUUCGGGCAGACGCCGUGCCAGCUGCUCAUUGAGCCACACACGCCUCGUAGCUCGGCCAUGCAAGUGUAUCUUCUCCUGCAGACGCCGAUGAUGUUCACGGAGCAGAUGCAGCAGGAUGUGAUUAUGGUGCUGAAGUUCCCGUCCAACUCGCCCGUCAGCCACGUGGCCGCCAACACGCAGUCGGGCUUGGCGGCGCCCGCCGUCAUCACCGUCACCGCCAGCCGCGUCUUCGCCGUCAACAAGUGGCACGGACUGACAGGUCACUCGAGUUCGUCAAUGCAGCAACAGCCGGAGCAGCAGUACCAACUUCCUGUUGAGAUUGACCCUCUCGUUGCUAGCAACAUGGGCAGCCACCGCCGGCAGAUAUCAGACCUCCUGGACCAGAGCAUCCAGAUUAGCUCACAGUGCUUCGUGGUGACGGCCGACAAUCGUUUCAUCCUGCUUUGCGGAUUCUGGGAUAAAAGCUUCCGGAUCUACUCCACCGACACGGGCAAACUGACCCAGAUCGUGUUCGGUCAUCGCAACGUCGUGACAUGUCUGGCCCGGUCCGAGUCGUACAUCGGGGGUGAUUGCUACGUGUUGUCGGGCUCCAGGGAUGCCACCCUGCUGCUGUGGUACUGGAAUGGCAAGCUUAACAGCAUUGGGGAGAGCCCUUCUACAGGCAUCAGCACUCCUCGCGCCAUCCUGACGGGUCACGACUGUGAGGUCACGUGCGCGUGCGUGUGCGCCGAGUUGGGUCUGGUUAUCAGCGGAUGCAAAGAGGGUCCAUGCCUGAUCCACUCCAUGAACGGGGACUUACUUCGGACCCUUGAGGGCCCCGAGGGAUGCACGCGUCCCCGCCUCAUACAAGCGUCGGCUGAAGGGCACUGCGUCAUCUACUAUGAGAAGGGACAUUUCGGGGUUUUCAGCAUCAAUGGAAAACUACUGGGACGCAUGCAGGUGGAGGACAACAUCAAGGCGAUGCUUCUCAGUCGUGACGGUCAGUACUUGCUGACUGGCGGAGACGGAGGCGUCAUCACCGUCCUGGGAGUUCACGACCUCAAGGCGCUCUUUGCCUACCCGGGCUGCGACGCGGGCAUCAGAUCCAUGGCUAUGUCACAUGACCAAAGGUGCAUCAUCACAGGCAUGGCGUCGGGCAGCAUCGUACUCUUCUACAACGACUUCAACAGGUGGCACCACGAGUACCAAAGCAGGUAUUGA